AUGACAGGAAAUAUGAGUGUUAGACGAAAUUGGCACACAGCAUCCACAUUAGCAAAUGGAUCAGUAUUAGUUGCUGGUGGAUGGAACAACAUUGAUACUUUUCUCAGUAAUGCUGAAGUGUACAAUCCAUCAUCAGGCACCUGGACAAUGGUAGGAAGCAUGAGUGCCGUACGACAAAAGCACACAGCAUCUACAUUAGCAAAUGGAUUAGUAUUAGUUGCUGGGGGAGCCAACAGCGCUGUUGCGAUCGAUAUUGCUGAAUUGUACAAUCUAUCAACAAGCAAUUGGACAACCACGGGACACAUGAAUAUCGCACGAUAUGCUCACACAGCAACCAUAUUAGCAAAUGGAUCAGUAUUAUUUGUAGGCGGACAGGGUAAUGGUGGUUAUCUUAAUAGUGCUGAAUUGUACAAUCCGUUAACAGGCACUUGGACAACUACAGGAAACAUGAGUAUCGCACGAGAAUAUCACACAGCAUCCACAUUAGCAAAUGGAUUUGUAUUAGUUGCUGGUGGAGGUAACUCCAGUAGUUAUCUCAAUAGUGCUGAGUUAUACGAUCCAAUAAGAGGCACUUGGACAAUCACAGGAAACAUGAGUGUCACACGAGGAUAUUACACAGCAUCCACGUUGGCAGAUGGAUCUGUAUUAGUUGCCGGUGGAUACAACGGUGGUUAUCUCAAUAGUGCUGAAUUGUACAAUCCAUCAACAGACACUUGGACAACCACUGGAAGUAUGAAUGCCGCACGAUCUAGUCACACAGCAGCCACAUUAGCAGAUGGAUCAGUAUUAGUUACUGGAGGAGAGAACAGCGCUGGUGUUCUCAAUAGUGCUGAAUUGUAUAAUCCAUCAACAGGCACAUGGACAACUACAGCAAACAUGAGUAUCGCACGAGAAUAUUACACAGCAUCCAUAUUAACAAAUGGAGAAAUAUUAGUUACUGGUGGAUGCACCAAUGGUGGUUAUCUCAAUAGUGCUGAGCUUUAUUAA